AUGAGUGUUCUUCCCGAUUCUGGCAGCGAGUCUGACGGGGAUGAUUAUCCUCGGCAGGCUGCCGCGGAGGGGACUCAGCGGUUAGCGCGGCACAAAAUUACCAUAAGUCAUGGCAACGCCCCGUUUCUAAAGUGUCAGCUGCAGGAAUCCCACAUGUUCAAAGUUGUUAUAGACGGCGAUGACGGUGGGGUGGACAUGCGUAAGGUGCACGAGCGCAUCGAAGCCGCCUUGCGUAUGCGACCACGCUACAAGAAAAUGAACGAACGCAUCCAGAUGCCCCCGCUCGCGUCUCGUAUCAGGAUUUCGCAGGAGAAUGGCGUCUACAAGGUCUCCAACCAUAAUGUUUUGCCCAUGUACUCAAUGCAGUCGUGGUCCACCUUCGCGUCGGAUGUGCAGCAUCUGCGGCUGACAGUUGGGAACACCGCCUGCAUUAAGGCCUGUUCACAUCGACUCAACAUUAUGCAGGAACGGUCCAGAAUGUUCUUUCUUCUUAACGCUGACAUUGAAGAGAAGCAGAAUUUUCGCAGGGCAGGAGGGGUUUUCUCCAAGGCCACAAAAGUGGACAAUUCGGUGUUGCUAUCACGUUGUACAGACGCACAGGAGCUUCUCGAUUUCAUCCUGGAUUGGUACGGCCGCUACCCCGAUGCCCCACUGCGUCUCCGCAACGGCACCAACUCGACACUUCGUGAAUUGUUUGAGGCAAAUGGGGUACGUGAUCCAACACUUUUGACAGUGGAGGGGCUGGGCUGGCAACCGAGACCCGGCAGCGUGGAGAACGCCGAUUUUUCCCUUGAUUCAGAUCCCUUUAGCACCGAACUGCGAUAUAGCUUCCUUCACCUACGCGGGUCUUGUGCCCCGCGCUUCUUACAGAAGCGGCUUCAGAGAGCUGAACAGCAAGUACGCUACAUUCAGGCCACAGAGCAUUCUAUUCCACUGUAUGCCACCUACCCUCACGAGCUACUAGACAUUGCCACCAUUCUGAAUAAGCAUAACGUUGGCCCCUUCAGACGCAAUAUGUGGAUUUUGCAGGUUUGCUUUAUGCACAAUCCCCCAGCUGGAGUAAAUUAUCCAGUGUACUGCAAGAACAUCCAGGAUCAACUUGAUUUUCUCUUUUUGCCGUUGUUCAAAGCGACCUUGAAUCCCACCGCAACAAAGUAUGCCCCGCUUGCCUGGUUUCUUAAACAAGUUGGUGGUUUUGUGAUCAGGACCCCGGCAAAUACCUUGCAGGCAGACUUUGAUGAAAAAAGUCCCGUUCCUAGUGAGGUGUCAUACGGUACAAAACUCAAUGAAAUUUACUACAUUUAUUACAUGCAUGCCAAUCUAACGGUUUUGAACAGCUUGCGGAAACGUCAAGGCUUAAAUACAUUUCAGUUGCGUUGCAGUGGAGGAAAUCGAAAUUCCAUGGAGAGUCUUCUUGCCGGGUACCUACUGGGCGACGUCAUUACGCGGGCUACAGGAAUCAUGGAUUACCCAGUUUUGCAAUACUUGUGUGGGUUGCACGGCGUUGGUAUUACUGUGAGCCCAUUGCAUGAUCACGUUCAGGGGAUCGUGCACUACCAAAAACAUCCGCUACCAAAUUUUUUGCAUCGAUGCUUAAAUGUGGCUAUCGCCACUGAGGCGCCCUUCCUUUACCACCACGGCUCCUCUCCACUGUUUGAAGAGUACGGAACUGCCAUGAAAAUCUUUUGCAUGAGCUUCCUCGACGUCACAGAACUGGCUCGAAACAGUGUGAUGCUAUCCUCGUUUCCGGUGGAAACCAAGAAGGAGUGGCUCGGGGAAAACUUCAAUCGAGGAGUGGAAGGAAAUGCAUUUGAGUUGAGUCAAGUAACAAAUGUACGCCUCGCCUUCCGUGAGGAGUCGUGGGAUUUAGAGCGUGACAUGCUGAAGGAUUUGUACAUCAACCGAAGUCUCCCACGCGAGGCGAUCGGGUCGAGUCGUUGGCACUACCUUAGUAAUGUGAAGGAGGUGGAGUACCACACCGUGCUGGACACGCGGGUUCGUUUUCCCCGCACGGUGCUCAACGGCCCGCACAAGGAGGUCAAGUGGGCCGUCAGCGCCGCAUCCGCCAUCGCCCGCGCGCUUGACCUGCGAUUCAAGUACAUUUGGGAGCCGCCGAAUCCGUGGGAGGUGACGCAGCAGCGUUCCGUGGAGGCCGACUUUCAGCGAAAGACCGAGAGCUUCAACGAAGACGAUUGGACCUACGCCGCCAACGAUGCUGUCUUUAUUUCUUUCCCAAAGAAUGUCGUGCACGCGUGGCCGCGACAGCUUCCAACCGUGGAAGCGUUUCGCAGUGAUUUGAAGGAGUUGCAGGAUAUUUGUGCUUCGUCUGAGGUAAAGGAUUUUACCCAAAAACGACUUGAAAACCUGGAACACCGGUUUCGCCUGCACCUUGCCUUGAACCACGCCAAUGAGGCAGGAACGACCGAGGACCGCGUUUCCUCCAACCGUGACAUUUACCAAGCGGUGAAGGUUGACACGCACAUUCACAUGGCGGCUGGAAUGACGGCGCGACAGCUAUUGAGUUUUGUGGUGAAGAAGUACAUGUAUAGCGGGGAUGACAUUGCUGUGAAGAAGGGAGACGUGAUUCACACCCUUGGACACUUCUUGAAGAAGAACGGCAUCACCAAAAAUUUAACGGUGGAUCAGUUGAAUGUACAGGCAGAUCACACCCUAUUUGAGCGCUUUGACAAUUUCAACAAUAAAUACAAUCCCAUGGAGAACCCGGAGCUCCGCUCCUUGCUGCUCAAGACGGAUAAUUUUAUGAAGGGACGCUACUUUGCUGAGCUGAUUCAGGACGUCUUUGCGCAGUACUCAAGGGAUCGCCACACGUACGCCGAAAAUCGUGUUUCCAUCUAUGGCAUCAAUAUCAAGGAAUGGGACAAUCUUGCACUGUGGUUUUCCACGCAUGGGAUGUCGUCUAAGCAUAAUAAGUGGGUCAUUCAAGUACCACGCGUGUAUAAAGUGUUUCGUGCACAGAAUCUGAUUGGGAGUUUUGGUCAGUACUUGCAAAACAUCUUUCAACCGCUCUGGGAGGCCUCCUUACACCCUUCAGAACACCCUCUGGUGCACCACUUCUUAAACCACAUGAGUGGAUUUGACUCGGUCGACAAUGAGGCAACGCUGGACUUGCCCUUUCUGCCUGUGUCGCCGUGGGCGUGGACCUCCGUAGAGAAUCCUCCGUACAACUAUUAUUUGUACUACCUGUACGCCAACAUCCGUACACUCAAUGAAUUUAGAGCAUCACGCGGGUUUUCAACGUUUGCGUUGCGUCCUCACUGUGGUGAAUCUGGCUCGGCAGAGCAUCUUUACGGCGCCUUCCUCUGCGCAAACAGUAUUUGCCACGGCAUCAACCUUCGUGAUGACCCUCCGAUGCAGUAUUUGUUUUAUCUAUCGCAGAUUGGUUUGCACGUCUCCCCACUGAGCAACAAUGCACUCUUUUUACGGUUUUUGAAGAAUCCAUUUCCCGAGUUUUUUCGUCGUGGCUUAAACGUCUCACUGAGUACAGAUGAUCCAUUGAUGUUUCACCAGACGCAGGAGCCUCUUAUCGAGGAGUACAGCAUUGCGGCGCGUGUGUGGGGGCUUUCUCCCAAUGACCUCUGCGAGAUUGCCCGUAAUUCGGUGCUGCAGUCUGGCUUUGAUUACAUGUUCAAGCGUGACGCCAUUGGGGAUCAGUGGUACAUGAGUUCCUCCCUCGGAAAUGAUUCCCUGCGAACACAUCUCUCGGACAUCCGUGUGGCCUUCCGCUUCGAGACCUACCAUACGGAGAUGGAUAUCCUUGAGUUGUGCUCUGGACGCCCGAUCAAGCGCUGCAUGCUAACCACGGAUCAGGAAGAGGAAAUCAACGAGAAGAACUUUGACGUUGGCCCUGAGAAGGUCAUUUUGUCGACGCACGAUCAGGCAAUAGAAGUCAUGCGCCGUGAGAUUGAGACGAGGCGAGAAGAACUUCGGGUCUCGCGGAUAAAGGUGGACGCGCUGCGCCGACAGCAAAAAUCUCUCGUGGACAACCUGACGGAGGUGGCCAUACAUCGACAGCAAUUGCAGGAGGAAGCGGAGCGAUGCAAUCGCGCGGAGGUGCUACACUACGAGCGGCGUGUUCCCACGCCCCCGGAUGCGGCAUUUCUCACGUCUGAGCGGGCAACUGUGCAGCGUCUUCUCCGAUGGCGCCCUAUGCCGUUGGAUGUGAUGCAGCAUGCGACGGAGUCAUAUGUGCCGCUGCGGAACCCUCGUCCCCUGCCCAGUUUGAAGCCUCUCAACACGGGCAUCCGGCACACCAUGUAA